UUCCAGGGCACCUUGCUGGUGCUGAUUUCCUAAGGUUUUUAAAAUGACAAGCAUCAAGGAAGCAAGAGAUUUUUUUCUUUGGUGCAUCUCGGUCAUUUAUUUGAUUGCAUUUUCAUCACUUUAUGUUCAGAUACCAGGUUUAUUUGGUGACAAUGGUAUUUUGCCAGCCAAGUUGGCUAUUAAUUCAAAAGAGAUUUCAUCGUGGGAAGAGCUUCUGGAGGGCCAGCCCACCUUACUGAGGCUGAUGCCUAAGCUGGGGCUGGACACAGAGACCGGGAUGGACCUGUUGUGUGUGUGUGGGAUCCUGAUCUCCUUUUGCUGUGUAGUCUUCUCCACCACCAGGGAUAUGAUCUCCUUCACCUUACUCUGGAUGAUUUAUCUCUCUCUGUAUCAAGUGGGUAAGACAUUCCUUUGGUUUCAGUGGGACAUUCUCUUAUUGGAGACAGGAUUUCUCACUAUUCUUCUGGCCCCUUUUAACCUGCAGUUUUUCUCCUCCCACCACCAACAUGACAGAAUUAGUCUAUGGUUGGUGAGGUGGCUCCUCUUUAGACUGAUGUUCGCCUCUGGAGUGGUUAAACUGACCAGUGGAUGUCCUACUUGGUGGGGACUUACAGCUCUCACAGUGCAUUUUGAAUCUCAGUGUAUCCCCACUCCCCUUGCCUGGUUCUUUCACCACCUGCCCGUGUGGUUCCUUAAACUCAGCUGUGUAGCUACCUAUGUCAUAGAAAUCGCCAUACCUCUGUUGUUCUUCUCUCCAGUCAAGUCCAUGAGGAUGUUUGCUUUUUAUUCACAGAUUCUUUUACAGGUGUUGAUCAUCGCAACAGGGAAUUACAAUUUCUUUAAUCUUCUGACUAUGGCUCUAUGUGUGUCGUUGGUAGAGGACGAUUUCUUCAAAAGAAGUAAAGUGAAGAAGAAGAAUUCGACAGUACAAAGCAUUUUCAACUGUGUCUUUUCACUUGUCAUAUACAGCUAUUUUAUAUACCAAACAGUAAAGCAGUUUUCUCUCCAAGCUUCUUUUAAUCCUACCUUUGAAAUUAAGUCAAAAAUAGCUUUCUCCAAAGCAGAUUUUUUCCAAUGGUUAGAAUUUAUUGUACCAUGGACUAUUGUUAUUGGAGCUGUGUCUUUAGGAUAUCACAUUCUUCUCUCCUUUGUCAGUUGCCUUGUAGAAGAAAAAGGAUUAAUAUGGAAGGUCUGGAGUUUGAUCCAGUGUACAAUAAUAGCAGUUGCUGCAGCGGCCAUGUUUUCAAUCAGUUUGGUACCCUACACUGUAAUAGAGAAAGGCACACAGCUGUAUGUCUCCCCAGAUUUACAUACAUAUAGGAGUUAUCUCAAAGACUACCAUCUUACAAAUUCCUAUGGUUUGUUUAGAAGAAUGACAGGAGUUGGAGGUCGACCAGAGGUCAUUAUCGAGGGCAGCAACAGUGUGGACUCGGGCUGGAAAGAGUACGAGUUUUACUAUAAACCAGGAAACAUAUCUAGAUUUCCUCCUAUUGUAGCUCCUCAUCAGCCCCGUCUGGACUGGCAGAUGUGGUUUGCAGCCCUGGGCAGCUAUCAACAUAACACCUGGUUUGUUCAUCUGAUCUACAAACUUCUGAUUGGGCAGCAGGAGAUUUUGGAUCUCAUACAUCACAAUCCUUUUCCUGAUAAGCCUCCCAAAUUUAUCAGGGCUAAACUGUACCACUAUCACUUUACAGGACAGACACCUAAAGAUAAAUGGUACUCUAAGAAAAACUGGUGGGUGAGAGAGGAAAAGAGUGAAUAUUUCCCACCACUGGAAAGAGAUAAUACUUCACUGAUAGAUUACCUCAAGAGAAGUGGAAUAUUAAAGAGCACUAAGAAGGACAAGAAGACACUGACAUGGAUAGGAUAUUGUGUCCAUUACGUCCGACGACUGAUUGGUCAACCUGAGGGGUUCUCCUUUGUUAUAACUAUCACAGGGACGGCAGUCAUGGCUAACGUCUUCAGUCUUAUUUUAUUCUGAGAGAUUGAACUUUUCAAAGACAAGCUUUUCAGUCAGGCAUGAAUGUACAUGUUAAACAUUUUAAAUAUGUAUAUGUAUCUGAAUCAUUUCCCAUCAUUGAGUGAAUGUAGAUUUAUGAGAUUGUGUGAGUGUUCUAUCUUCAUGGUAUUUUGUGGAUUAUAACUUCAUAAAUGCAGAUUAAGUGUGGUGUUUAUGUCAUUUGCAGAGUGAAAUUCUUUCUUGUACAUCCAUUUGUAGAAUUCCAUUUCUUCUUACUUUCUUUUGAAAGAAAUUUGUGAAUGAAGUUUUGUUGAACAUGCACAAAAGGUAACACAUGCAACUCUAAGUCAAAACAAUACAGAAUGAAUCAGUAUUUUGUACCUGUCUGUGUGUCUGUAUGUACCAGAAUAAGGUGCAGUGAAGUAACAAAUAUGUGUUUACAUUUCAGCUGAAUGUUAUAUUAUAUUGGUUUCAUUUCAGCAAAGUGAAAAUUUUAAUCCUAGGCAUUAUAACUCUGUACACCUAAAGUAUAAAUAGGUCUGCAGGGUAUAGAUUCCUAUUUUAGUUUUCUAUAUUGUAGACUUAUGAGGAUUCUAAAAAAAUCAUGUUACAACCAGAUAGUCUUUUCCAAAAAAGAGAUGGAAAUCAUUCAAUAUUUUUCAAUACUUCUGGACCCGGCAUUAUUUUUGACAAUUGAAGUCUACCUGCAGUUUAUUUCCCUGUGUGUGUUUUACAUGUAUCUGUAUGUGUUUCUUGCCUUCACUAUUGGGUGAUAUCAAAUGCUUAUUAUAAUGCCAGUGUCCUUGAUCUUAUGUUAAUGUAUAUAUAAUGCAGAAAUCUCAUCUGCAUAAAGCAAUGUAUUUAUGUUACAACUGGCUUGAAAUUUUAUAUUUUUGUUAUGUUUAGUUCAUGUGCCAUAUACUGUACAUGUACUGGGGUUUUUUUCCACUAAAAUUGUUGUUUGCAUAAAGUCCCUUCAUUUGCUUGAAGUCUUUUGCUCCAGAUUGCAGCUUUUCAGAAUCUGGAUUUUAUUUUAAAUUCCUUUUGUUAAGUUUAGUAGUUGUCAGCAGAGUUCAUACUAAAUUUGGGGGGGGGGGGGGGGUUAGUCUUUGCAUGCUUCUCUUAUAAAAUUGUGACACUCCACAAAAUGUGCUCUCUGUAACCAGAAAUAAACUUUGCAAAUGUAAAUAUUUAUCUGCCUUCUUUGAAAUUCAUAGAUUGAAAAAGUAACUGAAUAUUUAUGUUCUACUAAUAUUCCUUGUAAAUCUUUCUUGAAAAAGGCUGUUUAGAUCAUAUAGACUUUAUCUUUUUAUUACCGAAUGAAUUUUCCCCCUUUUAAAAUAUGAAGUGUAUUCAUUUUUCAACAAAUACAUCUUAUAGAACAGAUGGAUUAAUUUACAUUAUGUGGUGGAUAUAUAUACAUUUGUAUACUCUGUGCUGGGACAAUGGACUAGAUAUUGUUUUCUCUUGUUAAUGCUUUUAUUCCUCCAAUAGAUCCAAUAAAUUAAUGAAGAAAUUGAAA